ACCAUACAGAUCCCAAUAGUCUCCUCUUUUGCUUACGAAUGAACGAGCAAAGCAAAAGUAGAUUCUCGUUUCAAUUUACUGAGGGAAGAUGAUACACUGCUUCAAGUUACCUUUUUCAUCACUCCGCCGAACAUUUCCCAACCGUAGGUCUGUGAAUCGCUAUUCUGGUUCGGGCACCCAGUUUUCUCCCUUAUCAACCUUCACAAUACCGAAAUCGGUUCAGCAAUGGGAAAAGCUUGCCAACGAUGAACUCGCCAAAUCGAAGUCGAAAAAGGUUACAGUCGAUUCACUUCGAACGGAACGCAUCACUCCGGAGGGAAUCGAAAUACAACCGGUCUAUUGGAAUGUUUCGCACAAUGAUAACGACGGCGACGGGAAUGGUCCAGAAAUGCCGGGAAUUUUCCCCUAUACAAGAGGUCCAUAUGCCACCAUGCAUACCCAUCGCCCGUGGACUAUUCGGCAGUAUGCUGGAUUUUCAACCGCAGAAGAAAGCAAUGCGUUCUACAAGAAAAAUCUCGCUGCGGGACAGCAGGGACUGAGUGUCGCCUUUGAUUUGCCGACACAUCGGGGCUAUGAUUCGAACCAUGAACGUGUGGUUGGGGACGUAGGCAUGGCAGGGGUGCCGAUAGACACAAUAGAUGAUAUGGAAAUUCUGUUUGAUGGAAUCGACUUGACCAAGGUUUCGGUUAGUAUGACGAUGAACGGAGCUGUGCUUCCUAUUUUGGCAUUUUACAUACAAGCUGCUAUCGAGCAACAUAUGAACGAUGACGAUGACAUGACUCAGAGUGAGGUUAUGGCUAAUUUGAGAGGAACGAUUCAAAAUGAUAUUCUCAAGGAAUUUAUGGUUCGCAAUACUUAUAUCUAUCCCCCAGAACCGUCAAUGCGGAUCAUUGGAGAUAUCAUGGGCUACACCGCAAAACACAUGCCAAAUUACAACUCCAUCUCGAUUUCUGGGUAUCACUUACAAGAGGCUGGCGCCGAUGCGGCACUCGAGUUGGGAUUUACUAUUGCGGAUGGUCUCGAGUACCUACGGACUGCUGUAGACGUUGCCAAGCUGGAUGUUGACAAAGUCGCACCAAGGCUCUCAUUUUUCUGGGGUAUUGGUCUAAAUUUUUACACAGAGGUAAGAAACUAAACGAGAGGUAGAGAUGCGCCAGUUGUUGCAUUUCUCUUAUAGAAGUUUGCAAUAUUUUUUCUCCUUUAACUGUUUAGAUCGCGAAAAUGAGGGCAGCAAGGUAGGAUAAUUUUGCGGAAUUUUGUUUAGUUUCUGCCGAAAGUACGAAUGUGAAUGUGAUUAUCCACUCAUUGUUGUUCGUCGUUCGAAUCCUAUCAUGAUUUGUGUGUUCGUAGGAGGUUAUGGGCUGAAUCGGUGAAGGAAAAAUUCAAUCCGAAGAAUCCCAAAUCGCUUUUACUGAGAACCCAUUGCCAAACUUCUGGAUACACGCUGACGGAGACCCAGCCGAUGAACAACAUUGUUCGAACAACAAUUGGAGCCAUGGCAGCCAUACAAGGUGGCACACAAAGCCUCCACACGAAUUCGUACGACGAAGCCAUUGGUAAGUGCUCAUGAAGGGAUCGAAAUUCUUUCUCAGAAAUAAGAAACGGUUCUAACGCCUUGUCUUCCGUGUGUUUCAAUAAAAUUAACCCAGGCCUUCCAACGGAGCAAUCUGCUCGGACAGCAAGAAAUACGCAGCUCAUACUCCAGGAAGAGACGGGGAUAACUGACGUUGCUGAUCCAUGGGGGGGGAGUUUCAUGAUGGAAUCCCUUACAGAUGAACUUUACAACAAAGCGAAAUGCAUCAUGGACGACGUGGAAUCGAAAGGCGGCAUGACAGCUUUUGUUAACGACGGGCAUGCCAAACUCCUUAUGGAGGAGAGCGCCGCGAAGAAGCAAGGAAGAAUUGAUUCUGGUGUCGACGUUGUAGUUGGCGUGAAUAAAUACCGCUUGAGUGAUGAGGAAGAACAGGAGGAGAAAGUGGAUGUAUUGAAUGUUGAUAAUUCCGCGGUCCGAAACAAACAGAUUGCACGCAUCAACGAAGUAAAAGCGUCUCGCAACGACAGCGAGGUGAAGGAUGCCCUAGCCAACCUUGAAAAGAGUGCUCGAAGGUCCGACAGCACCAGCAGUGCAGACGAUCCAAACAAUCUACUCCACCUAUGUAUCGCUUGCGCCAAAGCAAGGUACGUGUUUAUCGAAAAUUGUACUUCUCUUGCUUGAUGAUCAUAGCACCAUCCACACGGCUUUAUACACUCAUAUAUUUAUCAUUGUGUCUUGCAUUUCUCUCCCAUUAUGUCGUUUGUGGCCUAACCUUUGAAACGGAAGGUGCACCGUUGGGGAAAUGUCCCAAGCUUUGGAAAAUGCAUGGGGAAGACACGUCCCUUCGACAUCGAUGAUACAAGGAGUCUAUGCUGCCUCUUUCAAUUCGAGGCCUGGGGGAGGCGAUUCGGAAGCCCACGGAAAAUGCUCUGCCGAAUACCAAUCGAUGCUAGACUUGGUUGAAGAAUUCGAGGCUGCCGAAGGUCGACGACCAAGAAUACUCGUUGCGAAAAUGGGCCAGGACGGUCACGACCGCGGAGCCAAGGUCAUUGCAACUGGCUUUGCCGACUUGGGAUUCGAUGUGGACAUCGGCCCACUGUUUCAGACCCCCCGCGAGGUAGCCCUGCAAGCAAUAGACUCAGAUGUGCAUAUCAUUGGUGUUUCCAGCCAGGCAGCUGGUCACAAAACCUUGCUGCCUGCCCUCCAACAGGAACUGAAGGAGCUUGGAGCCGAUCACAUGGUGGUUGUUGCAGGUGGUAUUAUUCCGUCUCAAGAUUACGACUACUUGUUGAAAGAGACCAAGUCCUGUGCCGCUAUAUUCGGGCCUGGAACCAGAAUUGUCGAUGCUGCUAGGGAAGUCUUGAACGUAAUUCCUUUAAGUCAUCAAUAAACAGCAGUACCCGUAGCAUCGUGAUGACCUCGAUCGAAUAAUAAUCGUUUACAUCGACUUCAAAAAGCAAGAGAAGAUGCCAGUUGGGGGUUCAGAUAAUUGAAACGAUCACGUUAGCAUCAGUAGUGGUGUGAUGAAAUAUAAAUUGAAAUUAAAUGU